ACCGUGUUCCUCUCGGCCGAUGGUGCGCGGGUUAACGUGGAAAUGGAUGAUUGGAUUUAUAAGAAUAAGGAUUUACGUAUCACGGUUACUAUUAGAGACUAUAGCUUGCAUUUAUUCCGCCGGAUAAACAACCCGGAGCUCUCGGACGUGUUUCAUCUGACCAGUCCUCUGGGAAUCGUUCUGGCUUUCGAAAAAUUGCCGAUCGCGAGCGAUGCCAGCUUCGCAAACAAUUGGUCAAACAGAGGAUUCGAUUUCCGAGGAUCAUGGCCGUCAGGGUUGUUAAUAGCGCCAGUCGUCGGGGACAGCGAGCAGAAUCCAUUUUAUAUUCGUCAGUCCUACAUUAGAAAUACUUGCAGCAGCGAUAAAGGGGUCAACGAAGUUUGCCGAAAGUUCCUGAGAAAUGGAACCGUUUUGGUGUACUUCGACGACGGCAAGGUUAUUGUUCUUCGUCCAAACGGAGACAUUGUGACUUGUCUGUCCUUCGAACAGCUUCCGCCUAAGGAACCUGAGAAGACCGACGAUGACGCAAGCUCCGGGAAAGGUAUAUAUAUAAUUCAUUCAAUUUGUAAUCGAUUCUAGACCACAAU